AUGCAUAGAUCGGCUACUACAAUGGCGUGGAACGUCUUCAGAUUCUGUACGGCUCUACGAGGACUCGGAUCGAUCAUGAUCCUUCUGGUCUUGGGUGUUGUUGGCGUGAGCUAUUACGCCGUCGUUUGGACCAAUUACGGACCGGCACUAUCAAAUGGAGGCCUCGACUCUCUUGCUGCUCUUGCAAUUCUAAUCCUUUUCCACUUUUUGUUGGCGAUGCUAUUGUGGAGCUACUUCUCUGUUGUGUUUACUGAUCCUGGUGUUGUGCCUCCGAAUUGGAGAUCAGCUUCAGACGAGGAACGAGGCGAGUCUGAUCCGUUGAACAGUUUGGAGUUUGGUGGGUUACAGCCAGAUUCUUCGAACCAAAGAAGUCGUUUUUGUAGAAAAUGCAAUCAGCCUAAGCCUCCUCGUUGCCACCAUUGCUCUGUUUGUGGUCGAUGUGUGUUGAAAAUGGACCACCAUUGUGUUUGGGUUGUUUGCUGUGUUGGAGAGCUUAACUAUAAAUACUUUCUUCUUUUCUUGCUUUACACAUUUUUGGAAACAAGUCUUGUGAUUUUACUUCUCAUGCCGCAAUUCAUAGCGUUCUUUAGCGAAGAAGAGAUACCUGGAACACCAGGCACACUUGCUACUACUUUUCUUGCAUUUGUUUUAAACCUGGCAUUUGCUUUAAGCGUUCUGGGUUUCUUAAUCAUGCAUAUCUCCCUAGUAGCUGCCAAUACCACAACUAUAGAGGCAUAUGAGAAGAAAACAGUUCCGAAAUGGCCCUAUGAUCUCGGUAGAAAGAAGAACUUUCAACAAGUAUUUGGUAUGGAUAAGAGAUACUGGUUGAUUCCGGCGUACUCAGAAGAAGAUUUAAGACGAAUGCCUGAACUUCAGGGACUCGAAUACCCAUCGAAACCGGACUUUGCUCCCCAAGACUUCUGA